GCACCGGCGGGACCUGACUUGGUGGCGGCCGCAUCGUGACGGGUGGGACAACCGCGACAGCACCAUGCUCGCCACGGCGGCCACCAUGCGGAUCCUGAUCAAGGGGGGGAAGGUGGUGAACGAUGACUGCACCCUGGAGGCUGAUGUCUACAUCGAGAAUGGGGUCAUCCAGCAAGUGGGGCGCGAGCUGAUGAUCCCCGGCGGUGCCAAGGUCAUCGAUGCCACCGCCAAGCUGGUCAUCCCUGGUGGCAUUGACACCAGCACCCACUUCCACCAGACCUUCAUGAACGCCACCUGCGUGGAUGAUUUCUACCACGGUACCAAGGCAGCCCUGGUUGGGGGGACAACGAUGGUGAUCGGCCACGUCCUGCCCGACAAGGAGACCUCUCUGCUGGACGCCUACGAGAAGUGCCGCAGCCUGGCAGACCCCAAGGUCUGCUGUGACUACGCCCUCCACAUGGGGGUCACCUGGUGGGCACCCAAGGUGAAGGCGGAGAUGGAGACGCUGGUGCGGGAGAAGGGGGUGAACUCCUUCCAGAUGUUCAUGACCUACAAGGACCUCUACAUGCUGCGGGACAGCGAGCUCUACCAGGUCCUGCGGGCCUGCAGGGACAUCGGGGCCAUCGCCCGGGUCCACGCCGAGAACGGGGAGCUGGUGGCUGAGGGAGCCAAGGAAGCGUUGGACCUGGGCAUCACCGGCCCGGAGGGCAUCGAGAUCAGCCGGCCCGAGGAGCUGGAAGCUGAAGCCACCCACCGUGUCAUCACCAUCGCCAACAGGACCCAUUGCCCCGUUUACCUGGUGAAUGUCUCCAGCAUGUCCGCCGGGGAUGUCAUUGCUGCUGCCAAGAUGCAGGGGAAGGUGGUCUACGCCGAGACCACCACGGCUCACGCCACGCUGACCGGGCUGCACUACUACCACCAGGACUGGUUCCACGCUGCCGCCUUCGUCACCGUGCCCCCCCUGCGCCUCGACACCAACACCUCUGCCUACCUCAUGAGCCUGCUGGCCAAUGACACUCUGACCGCGGUGGCCUCGGACCACCGUCCCUUCAGCACCAAGCAGAAGGCCAUGGGCCGGGAGGACUUCACCAAGAUCCCCCACGGUGUCAGUGGGGUGCAGGACCGCAUGAGCGUCAUCUGGGAGCGUGGCGUGGUGGGGGGGAAGAUGGACGAGAACCGCUUCGUGGCCGUCACCAGCUCCAACGCCGCCAAGCUCCACAACCUCUACCCCCGCAAGGGCCGCAUCGUCCCCGGCGCUGACGCCGACGUCGUCGUCUGGGACCCCGAGGCCACCAAGACCAUCUCAGCCAGCACCCAGGUGCAGGGUGGGGACAUCAACCUGUACGAGAACAUGCGGUGCCACGGGGUGCCCCUGGUCACCAUCAGCCGCGGGAGGGUGGUCUACGAGAACGGGGUCUUCAUGUGCGCCGAGGGGACGGGGCAGUUCUGUCCCCUCCGCUCCUUCCCUGACACCGUCUACAAGAAGCUGGUGCAGCGGGAGAAGCGCUGGAAGCUGCGGGGGGUGGAUCGCAGCCCCUACCUGGGGGACGUGGCCGCCGUGGUGCACACCGGCAAAAAAGAGACGGGGACCCCCCUGGCUGAUACCCCCUCCCGGCCAGCCACACGCCACGGGGGCAUGAGGGACCUCCACGAGUCCAGCUUCAGCCUCUCCGGCUCUCAGAUCGAUGACCACGUCCCGAAGCGAGCGUCAGCCCGGAUCCUGGCUCCCCCCGGGGGUCGGUCGAGUGGCAUUUGGUAGCGCCGGGGUCCUGUCCCCCGACUGAGG